UCUCCGAAUUUAAGACCGCACACAUCCCGUCCGUGCGCGCGCGCGUCGUUUUUCGGGUAUCUUUGAUCGCUCAAACAACGCACUCAACGCGAUGCUGCCGCGAGAGGGAAAAAACGCUCAGUCUGCAAUGGCGGCGGCGGCGGCGGAGGAGGCCGCAGCAGCAGCAGCAACAGCAGCAACAAAGUCGGAGCCGAUGGCGGUGGCGGCAAGUCACACAGGUACAAGACCAGUAUCUGAUGAGCCAAAGGUCAAGGCACGGCUCCACUACUUGGGACCACCAGGGACCUAUUCGCACCAGGCCGCCCUGAUCAUCGCACCGCGCAUUGUCCGACGGAGACGAAACGGCGAGCCAUCGAGCGACGGGGACGAUGUCGUCGCCCCUCUUUUGUUCCCAGCGCCGACAAUUGAGGCCGCGUUUCAGGCUGCCCUCAACGAUGACCGUAGGCUGGAGGCCAACCGGGUGGAGAAGCAGGAGCCGGAGCAGGAGCGGGAGAAGCAGGAGCGGGAGAAACAGGAGCGGGAGAAGCAGGAGCGGGAGAAACAGGAGCGGGAGAAGCAGGAGGGAUACUACGCCGCGAGGAGGGCGACGACGACGACGAGAAGCCUGGCGCUUCUGCCGUACGAAAACAGCACCUAUGGCCCAGUCGUGGAUACCUACGACAUCCUUGCAGCUCCGUCCACCUCCAGCAGCCUCUCCGUCAUCGGCGACAUUCUCUUGCCGGUCUCGCACUGCCUCCUCGUCUCGCGCGCUACGCACGGCGCCCUUAGGUCCCCACCGAGUAGCGACUUCCCACACGAGACAGACGGGCAACUGCGCCUCGAGGAUCUAACUCAGAUUCGCAAGGUGUACAGCCACGGUCAGGCGCUCGGACAAUGUCGGCGUUUCCUAGACGCCUAUCUACCUCAGGCCGCGAGAGUCGCCGUCGAUUCUACCGGCGAUGGUGCCGUACGGAUCGGAAGUGGCGGUGGAGCGGCCACUUUUGAGGCUUGCAUCGCCUCAGAGGUGUGUGCCCGGGACGAGAUCUAUGGCCUGUCUAUUGCUCGUCGCGCGAUCCAGGACCGCUCCGACAACACGACACGCUUCCUCCUUAUCGAGGCGACUGACGGCCUAGAAGCUGAUGUCAGCAGCACACUCACAGUCCUGCCCCGUUCGAAGCCACCGCCUUCGUCAAGCAAGUCUCCGCCACAGGGCAAUGACGCAGGAAACGUGCCGAGGAAGACCGUUCGAGCCAUUGUACGCAUCGAGACAACUCUGGCUGUCGACGGAGGCGGCUUCCUGCAGGACUGGCUUUAUCAUUGCAGGGACAGGACAAAGCAGCAGCAACCGCAAGAAAAAAACUCGAGGGCAACGGCUUGGGCACGCAAAAUCGAUCGUGUCGUGCCCAAAGUCAGAGAAGAGGAUGAAAAAGAUGGGGGGCUGUCGAUGAACGACGGGAGACAGCGUGGAGAAGGGUCGAGCUGGCCAUGUGUUUACCUUGUCGAAAUGGAGGCGAGAAACGUCUUGCGUAGGGAGGAUGAAGAGGGCUCUCACCUGCGCCAAGGAGGCGGCGAAGAAGGAGGCGAUGAUGGCUCACAAGGAGCUUAUAACAGCGACGACGGGUGGGACUCGAUCUCGAGUGCCCUGGACAUCGCCUAUCGCACUUCGGAUCCACUCCCAUCUGGCGAGAAAGUCAGACGGCUGGGCGUCUGGCAGAGUUCCUAGAACGACCGAUCCUUCGUCCGUAGAAGGCAGGUCGAUAAUGUGUACAGUAUAAUCACCGCAACAUCUUCAUCUGCUAGAUCACAAUAUCAUGUCAAAUCCGGCGCACAAAAGCGACC